AUGUAUCUUUCAUCUGCUCUACUUGGCGGCCUUCUCGUCGCCGGAAGUGUCACGGCCAGUCCAGCCCGCGGUGUCUCCAAUAAGAAUAUCAAGCGUGGAGAGGAUGGUGCGUGUCAUGAGGACAAUGUGCAUUGGUGCUUCAUCCAGUCCGUCGAUGCUGCCAGCGCCUUCUGCACAGGUGUCUUGCAAACUACCGACGCGAUCACCGUCACGCCUACCGUUACCAGCAGCUUGGCCGCAACCCCUUCGCACAAAACUUGCUCCAAGAAGCCCAAGGCUACGGGGAAGGCUAAGGGCAAAGAGAGCAAGGGCAAGGGCAGAGAUCAUCAUGGAAAGGGAAAGGAAAAUCAUGGGAAGGAGCAUGGGAGGUUCAAGCGGCACGAUAGCUGCUUGGACGCAUUGUCCAUCUCGCCAGCUGAGGCUACCUCGGCCUGCUCUUGCAUCGGCAUCACAACUGUCACCGCGAGCUGUCACUUCAUACAGAGACCGAGCCCUCUUCUGAGCCCACUGGGACUGAGAUUUCUUCCGAGUACACUGUUGAGAUGGAUACCUCGGCGCCGACCGAUAUCACCACCAUUGACGGAGACCAUCACAUCAGCUGCCACCGAUUGCCCUGCUGCCACGACCAUUGUGUCCACCAUCACCCGGGUCGAGGUUCAGACAACCAUCCACAUCGCCUCGCAAGAUGUUGCCACUGUCACGGAGACCCAAACUGCCACGCUUCCUCCUGUUGCGGAGACUGUGACCGAGACAGCGACUGCGGAGACUCUUGUCUCGACCAUCACCGAGCUUCACACCGAGACUCAGACCCAGACUCUGACUGAGACUGAGACUCUCAUACAAACCCAAACUGAGGUUGAGACCCAGACUCAGACUCUGGUUGAGACCCAAAUCCAGACUCAGACUCUGGUUGAGACCCAAAUCCAGACUCAAACCGCCACCCUCAUCCAGACACAAGUCGAGACUGAGACUCAUACCCAAAUCCAGCUUGAAACCUCGAUCCAGGUCUCUUCCUUCACCACAACCGUCACCACAACCGCUUCUGCCUCCGUCUCCGCCUGCCCAACCGUUGCCGCAGCGGCGUCACCCAUCAAGAAUGGCAAUCUCGAAGGCAACAGCCUCCGAGGAUGGAACAACCUCGCCACCACCGGCAGCGGCGGAACCUCUUCCGUCGGAACAACCACCAACCAUAUCACCCCCCAAGGCAGAUACUUCCUCCACCUCUACACCGGCUACAACGUCCACCCCGUGGGCCGUCCAACCUGA